GGCGUGUCUCGGCUGGAUCAUGUGUUGUAGGUGCGGCCAUCGUGUUUUCCCUGAGAGAAACGCUUCCUGUCUGUCAGUGUGCGGUUUGUUUGGAAAAGAACAGCAGCAAGAAUGUCUUUCAGUCUGUCCUCAGCUGUGGAGGAUGACGAGGAGGUGGUGAAGCAAAAGGAGGCUCAGAAGGAUGAGUUUAGUUGGCCCUGGAAAAAGGAUGAUGACAAUGAUAAGAGCAGCGGCAAGGACAAGAGUCACGGCAAGGACAAGAGUCACGACAAGGACAAGAGUCACGACAAGGACAAGAGUCACAGCAAGGACAAGAGUCACAGCAAGGAUAAAUCUGGCAAGGACAAAUCUGGCAAGUCCCAUAAGUCUAGCAAGGACAAAGGCGAGAAGAAGCACAAGAAGGAGUCCAAGGACGGAGAGAAAAGUGGCAGCUCAUCCUCCUCUUCAUCCUCCUCCAGCAGCGAGGACGACUGAUGCUUCCUGGGGGACAGAGCUGCUCUGUUAUCAUCUCAUCUAUUGACAAAAUGUGUGAGUGAGUGUGUGUGUGAGUGUGUGUGCGCACUUGAGGAUACAGAAGCAUCUUUUUCUCAUCCCAGCACUGGUGUCACAGAAACAUAGUGAUCUUGUCUAAACUAAUGUGCCAAGUCCUAGAAGUAAAUGUUCUGAUGACAAACAAAA